UUGGCGCUCUUCGUCCACAGUUGGUCUGGCGCGUUUUUGAAAGAGCAACAUACGCCUAGAAAGAUGUAUUUUAGAUUUCGACUUUCACCGUUUUGUAAAUUACCUGUGUAAGGAUUUGGACCAUAGGCUGUCGUAACAUGUGGGAAAUGUUAGGAGGGUUUUUGAGACCUGGAAAGAGCUGAAGUGGUUUGAGAGGAGCAGCUGGAGAACUCUGCUAGCUUGUUGUUUUACAGUCAAAUGAAUGUAUGUUGUCAACAGCUCGUCGUUUGCGUCUCACAAUGAUUUUGGCCUUUGUUGUCCUGUCAAAUACACGAGAAAGAGAAUAAGAAGAGACACCCGUCUUUAGUGGAUUCACAGCUUGUCUCUGCCCUGAAUAGACCUUUGCAAAUUAUGGCUGGAGUGGUUGCUAUGGCAUCUGUCAUUGAGGACUUUGACACUCAGCCUUGCAAAAAAGCCCGUAAAGAUGGUGGAAGUCCUGUUGUCAAGACCAUCACAAACUACUUUUCUCCGCUACCCAAACCUGUGGAGAAACCGUUUUCCCCUCCUCGCUCCAACAACAUCAUGGAUUACUUCAGUCGUAAAGCCCCGUCUUCUAAAGAAAAAAUCAGCUCACCAGAACAGUCAAAGGAGAACUGUCAGACAGAGAAACGGAACUCUCCAGAGGUAGCAGUGAAACGAUUAGCUCAGAAACGGGGAAGAAAGGCUUCAAAAAUUGCUAGGAAACUUGUGGAAGCAGACACUGUUAUCUCCACACAGGAUGACAGCUGUUUUAUUGUAGAACCACAAGAUGGCAGAGAAUCAGCAGCAGCAGAAGCAAACAGCAGCAGCACUGUCCUUGGCAGCGAUACAGCAGUUCUGUUGGGACAGCUUUGUGCUGAAUCUUGUAUUACAACUGCAAUAUCAGAGAAGAAUACUGCUCUAACUGAACAUGCUGACCAGAAGGGUAAAGAUCAAAAUUGCUUUAAAGGUGGGAACCACAUAAAACCUAAACAAGACCUCAGUUCUAAAAAUCUAUCCCCAGUUUUACCUUCAAAAGAUAAAGUAAAAAGGAUGAAAACUACUGCACGCAAUGCUAGGAAGAAGCAGCAACAAGAGACAAAACAAUCAGAACCGGAGGAGAAAGAGUCAGAGAAUUCCUUAUGUGAUGUUAGCAUGGAAGUCAAUGUAGAUGAGACUUCUCAGUUGAAUAAAAGCACAGUCACAAUCUCCUUUGAGGAUUUUGUGCGAAGUCACAGCCAGGAUGAGAGUGAAGAAGCCUUACAGGAUGAAGAGGGUAAAGGAGAUGAAAGUAAAAUUACAACAGAAGCUGAGGAAAAGGACACUGAUCAAUUGCGUGUACCUGAAGCUGAAGAAAAUUUUAGUUCUGGGGAGCCUUCUAUUCAAAUUUCACCCCGAACUGUCACCGUCCAGGCUGAGGUACAUGUAGUCUCACCCAAAGAGGAACCCGUCAAAGCUGUGGGAAAAGUAGCCUCUAUCUUCACAAGGAGAAAAGGAGCUUCAUCUCCACAAACAGAGACUGGACACCAGCUUUCACCAUCCUCUUUGAAUGCCAAGAGGAAAUCUAACGUUGUUCUGCAAGAGGGUGAUCUAGAGUUGGCUGUGCUUGAGAGUGAAUCCACGCCAAAGUGCAGUGAAGUGGAGAGAAAGCAGUUCAUGGCUGCUUUCAAACAGCCUAGUCUGGAUGGAUCCAAAACCAAGCCUGUUAAGAGCCAAGGCAAGCAGAAGCAGGCGGGAGAGAAGACUGUGGAUACUACAGAAAAAGCUAAUGAGGAUGAUGUUACAGUUCUACCCUCUAGUGAGAAAAUUACUGCUUCUUCUCAGGAGAACAAAGUAGCAAAAAAGAAACCAGCAAGAAAAGGCCGAAAGAUGGCUAAAGAAGAAAAAGAGGAGGCCACUACUUUACCUGCAGCUGCUCCUGAGGAAGGAACAGUGGUCAUAGUUGAAGAGGUUGACAAAAAAGAUCUUCCCAUUACUUCAACUCCUUCCAUGCCAGCUGUAAGGAGGUCUACCAGAGAGGCUGUGGUGAGGCAGACGUCCAAGCCUGAACCAAAAACUCCUACCAGGAGACAGGACAGGUCAAAGGAUGCAGCACCCUUAACCCAGGACAGCACUCUGGAGAUCUCUACCUCAAAGAGACACAAGUCCAGACACGGGGUCUUUAAAGCAGAGGUGGUGUGCCCCCCAGACAGAAAAGAAAGUCCUAUCAGGAUCAAAUUUACUAGAGUCCAUAAAAACAUUACAGUGUCCAAAGCAGAAGGUGGAGUAAGUAAGAUGACAAAGGACUCCAAAAAAGCAAAGCAGGCAAAGAAGUUGGUGGAGAAAGCAAAAGCAAUUCAGCAGAGUAAGAAAACCUCUGUCACAGAGAAGAGGACCUUAAGGCGCUCAUCACGAACUGAGGCCUCGUUGAAGAAGAGCUACUGUGAGAAUGAGGAUUCUGUUAUCUGCCUGGAGGAGGAGGAGGACCAGACUGAAACUCCUCAGAUGAGACCAGAAAAAAGUAAAACCCGCAAGGCUUUACGCAGUCUUAAUGAUGUUCUUGGCAAAACCACACCAGCCUGCAAAGAUGUCAAGGCUCCUCCAGGCUCCAAAAUGUGUCAAGAGAAAACUGCUCGGAAGAGUUCAGUGGUGGUUUCCAUUUUUGAUGAAAGCAGCCACGAAGGCUCAGAAAAUUCCCAGGAUGAUGAGCAGUUCAGAGCACGAAGAGAGUUCUUGAAGAGUGGCCUGCCUGAGUCCUUUAGGAAGCAAAUCGCUAAAACUGCAGCCACCAAGGAGGCUUACACACUCUCCUGUUCCUCCUUUCAACCUGCUGUACACAUGAAUCAACCCCCAAAAGACUGUCCUUUUUGGAGUCUGCCGUGGCCUGACUCGUCAUUGCUGUGUCAUCUGAAAGAGCUUUGGUGCCAAAUAUCAAACCCACCGUCAUUAGUGACUAAGUCCUUCAGCCUGAAAAUGGCACCAGCCCGUCAAGCUUGUUGUCAAAGGGGUUCUGGAUGGAGGCCAGAGAUUUCUGAAAGUGUUCGUCAGCUUCUGAUGGAGGAGGUCAACGCCUUUAAUCCUCCCUUCCCUGCUCAGAAAUUCAUCAUCAGCUUCCUGAAGAGACGCAGCGACCAACACUGCACAGCCUCAGUAGAACUACAGGCUGCGACCAAUGUCUCAAGCACCCCAGUGCCAGCCGAAGCAGUGGGAGGGAAGCGGAAGAGGAAGGAUGACAAUGGAGAGAUAACAGGAAAGAUGGCUAAAAAGCAGCGGGCCACUCGUUCAGGAGAGAAGGUUUGCCAACCUGAAGCAGCGGCAGAACCAACAAAAAGGGAAGGACGUACAAGACGAGGACAGAAGCCUGUGUUAAAGGAGGAGGAGGUGAAAAAAGGAGCCAAGCCUUCAAUCAAAAGGGCUCCCAUCCCAUCUGAAGAUGACUCUGUGAUCGUGGUAGAUGACUUACUUGUAGGACAAGAUGCUGAGAAACAAGAUGUAGUGAAGGAGGACGUGCUGUGGACAGACAAAUAUCAGCCCCAGCAUUCUAGUGAAAUCAUAGGCAACACGGCCUCAGUGAAGCGACUGCACAGUUGGCUAAAGGAAUGGAAACUUCGUGCAGACAAAGAAGACAGAAAAAAGCAGAAAGAGAGAAAACAAGAGGAAGGCAGCAUUGACUCUGACUGGGACUGUGGAGAAGACGACUCCCAGGAUGGAGAGGACUUGUUGUGUAAUACAAUCCUUAUAACAGGACCCACUGGAGUAGGAAAGACCGCCGCAGUGUACGCCUGUGCACAGGAGCUGGGCUUUAAGGUGUUUGAGGUGAAUGCGUCAUCUCAGCGCAGUGGCCGUCUGAUUCUGUCCCAACUGAAAGAGGCCACGCAGUCCCACCAGGUGGAUAGUCAGGGGAUCAACGCCCACAAGCCCACCUAUUUUAACAGCUACAGCAUGAGCAGCAGCACAGGCUCAGUCAGGGCUGGAUCCUCUCCUAGAAAGGUUAAUUCUCCCCGCAGGGUUGUUUCCUCUCCCAGGAAACCCCAGUCCCCAAGAGGAGGUAAAAAAGGAGCGCUGGCUCCCACCUCUUUGGCUAACUUCUUCAAAAUGGGUCAACCUGCCAACAAGGAGGCCCCCAACAUUAAGAAGAAUGAACAAAAGGCUGAUUCCAAGAAAAUCACAAAGUCAAAUGAAGCAGUCAGCAAGCGCAAAGACCCAGCAGUCAAAUCCCCAACUGCCACCACAGCAAAGGAGAAGAGCAACGAAGAGCAGAGCAAGAAGACCGCCACCUCGCUCAUCCUCUUUGAAGAAGUAGAUGUUAUUUUUGAGGAUGACUCUGGGUUCCUAGCUGCCAUCAAGACGUUCAUGAGCACUACCAAGAGGCCGGUAAUCCUCACUACCAGCGAUCCGAAUUUCAGCACCAUGUUUGACGGAAACUUUGAAGAGAUCCAUUUCAGAACCCCCUCAGUGUUGAACGUGGGCACCUACCUGCAGCUGCUGUGUUUAGCCGAGGACAUGCGGACUGAUCUAAAGGACAUCAAGUCUCUGCUCAGUCUCAACGGCUGUGACAUUAGGAAGAGCUUACUGCAGCUGCAGUUCUGGACUCGCAGUGCAGGCGGCGAACACAUAACCAGGCCAUUAGCACACAGCAGUGAAAAUGAAGUCAAGACUGAUAAAGUGACGUCCACUCUACCCCCAUGUGACUCCGGCUGCACUGAGAGCAUGCUCGGCCUGCUGAACAUCGAACCUGCCGUAGACAUUUGGGAACUGCUAAAGAGCCAGAGUCUGGUGGAGGAUGCGGUUUGCUGGAGACUUCUGACAGCAAGCAAGCAGCGAGGAGUGGACUUAAUCUAUUCCAACAUGGAGAAGCUCUUACCUUUACCACUCACACAGUUAACUAUUUCUGUCCACAAACCGGAGCAAUUUGUCCCUGAUUCACAAGACCAGCCUUCUGUUCAUCCACAGGAGCCUCAGUCUGACAAACUGCCAUCCCACGGCAGGUUAUUAAACACAGGUGACUCUGAUUGCUCUGAUGAUGCCAGUCCAGUUAAAGUGUCAAACCGAAUGAGGAAGAGUAAGAAGAGGCACCGUCUGUUUGACCAGGAUAAACUGCAAUCAGAUUCAGACUCAGAGGAUGGUUUUCUGUCUCUCUGCCAGCAGAAGGGUCUUCCCCAUGUUCCAGAGAAAGUCAAAGAGAGUUUAGUGUCUGAGAAGGUGAAAAGGAAGCCACUGACUCCUCAGGAGCAGGUGAAAAGUGUCCCCAUCUCCCAGUGUCUCCAGUCCAUAGCUGACUUCUUAGACGACAUGUCCUAUAUGGACUCCUCCUUGCUUCAUUCAGAAGGUGAUGACAUUCACAGAGGGAUGAUCCCAACGGGUGCGAUGGUGAAAGAUGGGCUGAGCGAUGAGUCAAGGGUCGAGAGCAGCAGAGGGAACUGGAUGACAGGAGAGUGUGUUUUGGAGAUCCAGGCAGCUGUGGAGGCUCUCAGCUUCAGCAAGUGUCGACUCGCAGUGACAGACACCUGGGAGAAAGUGCAGCAACUAGAUGAGGAGCUCAGAAAGGAUUCUGCAGCAGAAAUGUCCCUCCCCAUGGCCCCUCAUCGUGAAGGUUACAGCUUUACUCAGGACAGCCCCUGUCAACCUCAGGUAGUCCAGCGGAGGAUGGAGGUUAUGGAAGACCUGAUGCUCAAAGGAGUGUUUGGUACUGUGGGCAACAGGCCGGCGGCUGCUCUUGACUACCUACCAGCCCUGCGCACCAUCUGCAGAUCAGAGCAGCUAAAGGAGCAAGGCAAAGUCAAACGAAGGUUCUUACACUACCUGGACGCAAUCCACCUGGGUCUUCAAAAGACCAGUCUACAGCACCUUGCAGAAGACUUCCCCUAAACCAGAGCAGAAACCACAUGUUCUGAGGAUCAAACAGAGGCCGAUGUUCAGUGUGUGACCCUACUGUUUACAUCUGUUUUACUCUCCAAGUUGAUUGUAGUGCUGGGAGAGUUUUGUAACAUAAAUACUGUUCUCUUUGUGUCUUUAUGAGCUUGACAAUAGUCCUCAGUCACACAUUAAUGCUCACGUGUUUUCUUCAAGUUGAACAUGACUGAAUAUGAAAAAUGUACUCUAACCUGAAGGGCACUAUACUAAAUGACCUCACAUCCAAACAUGGGCGUGUUGCCUUUUGGUGCUUUUAAAGUAUGCACUAGAUCUUAAAAGUCAAUAUAGCUAUUGUAAUAUUAAAAUAUGCUGGAGUGUAAUUUGGUUUGUUUUUGUACAGUUUGCUUUGUAGCCUCAUUUAUCAAUCAGCUUUGCCUUUUGCAAAGUGUUUUAUCAAGUAGAAACUGCUUUUGAGGAGCAGCUAUGAAUCAUAAUCAUUUUUAUGAGGUUAACAUGUAAAAUAGAAUCUUCUGGUAUAUUUGUAAAGGCUGUGUAUGUUUUCAUUUUCCACACAAACUACAGUGAAAGCACUCAGGAUAUCUGUUCAUACUGUUCAAGUUCAGAGAAGGCAGUGAAUUACCGCUUAAUGUCACCUGCACUUGGAUCACUGUUUUGUUUCUACAGCCUUAAAUAUGUACACAUCCAUGAGUUUUUGCUGUGACCAAAUAAAAGUUUUAAUGGUCUUUACUUA